AGAGAGGGCUGUGAGGGAUGAACGGGACGCCCUGCCUGCUCUUCCCGCCUCGUUGUCAUUAGCGGCAAGGCAUUCUGCUGUGCACCCUGGGGGUGAAAGGAGAGAAAUAAGGCCCCGUGCGCCCCUGCAGGGGGUUCACGGACACACUCAGAAAACAAAAUCCUCUCUAUCCGUCAUAUGUAUAUGAAUCGUACCUAUAUGAAUGGCCACGCCGGGACCCACAACCAGGUGCCCAGGUCACCAGGCACUAACUGUGACAUCUAUGACCUUUUUUAUCCUUGCACAAGCCCCUGAGCCAUACAUUGUUAUCACUGGAUUUGAAGUCACCGUUAUUUUCUUUUUCAUAAUUUUAUAUAUGCUCAGACUUGAUCGAGUAAUUGACUGUUUAUUUUGGCCUUUGCUUGAUAUUAUCAACUCACUGGUAACAGCAGUAUUCAUGAUAGUCAUAUCUGUGUUGGCACUGAUGCCAGAAACUACAACAUUUACAGUCCUUGGAGGGAUGUUUGGACUCCUGGCGGCAGUGUGCUGUAUUGCCGACGGGGCCCUUAUUUACCGGAAGCUUCUAUUCAAUCCAAGUGGUCCUUAUCAGAAAACUGCUGUUCAUGACAAACUAUAAGUUUUGUAAUUUUAUAUUCCUUUUUAGUUGAUGCUAAAUAUUAAACAUGUGUUUAUUCUUCCA